UUGUGCAAUUGAUAUUUAGUUAGAUUCCAGGCAACGGCCAGAGCUCUGCUGCAAUAGGGGUCCUUGCUCCAGAUAUAGGGGUACAUCCAGGGCCGGGAUGAGGAGAACGUUAUCUUGUCUGGCUGCUGAGAUCAAUAAUCGACAAACGAGGACUGUGCUUCUUAUCUGUCUGUGCUCUGCGGUCUGCUGUUUGUCUGGUCAGUCUGUUGCUGGACAAGAACGACAUGCGUGUCCUUCUAAAUUAUGGGAGGAAUUUAACAGCAGUUGUUACACACUUGUCGAUGUAACAAAGGAGAAUUUGCGAAGCAUUGAACCUGCGCGAGGUCUUUGCAAAGAUAAUGGCGCUGAAAUUAUAAGCAUCGGAUCAAAGGAGGAGAAUUCAUUCUUGGUUAAAACGUUUCAAACAAAGUGGAAAGGUCCGAGAGAAGUCUUACUGGGCAUGUUUUAUGACAGCGAUGACAACUCCAUGAAAUGGUUGGACAAGUCUGAAGUGACCUUCUUAAAUUGGGGACAAGUAGAAUUAGCCGACAAUAACUUAGACACUUGUGUGGAAAUGAAUACACAGAGCGGACUGUGGGGCGUCACUGACUGCGAUCACUUCACUGCAUCAGCAGUCCUGUGCAAAUAUACUCCAAAAGGAAACACAAAGACAUUUGAUAAGAAAGCCUUGAUGAUUACUCUGAUCACCACAUUUGCCAUAAUUGUGCUAGGAUUAUCCCUAGCAGUAGUAUUUUACAAGAGGAAGAAGAACUGGUCCAAUGGACUAUACAGGGCUGAAGUCCUUCCAUACAGUGAUGAUGCCGUUCUGGUAGACACAAUGGAGAGAGAAGACUAUGCCUAAAUUUAUCUAUAGAAAAUGACUAGUGUUGAGGAAACCAAAGUAGACUUCGAUCCAAAAAAAAAAAAAGUCACAAAGCUGAAUUUCCUUGCCCUGCGUGGUACAAAUUAGAGUUUUACUAAAAUGGUAGCUGAAAGUAAAAAAUUACAUUAAAUUUAUUUAGUUCUUUUAAACACCCGAGUCAGAUGCCACAAUCAGCGUUGAACACAGCAUCUGAGGGGUUAAAGGACAGGGGGUGGCACGAUCGCCAUUCCCCAUCAUUGCUCCUGCUGCAUACAAUGUAAAGCAAUUCAUGUUAAAGCAAUUACAUCAGUUUUCUUCUCAAAGUUCAGUGAACUACCCAAAUUUGCCAAAACAUCUCUAAUUAGGCCUCUUAAUGGGUUCCCAGAAUGCCAAUUUCUCAAUAUCUACAGGAUCAGUUAUAAGUUAUUGGGUAUGGCCCCUAGAAACCCAUUUGAAUGGAGUUCACACUACUGCUCCAUUCAAUGCUAUGGACUGCCAGAGGUACAGCACUGCACCUGCUUGAGCUCAGGUCCUUUCAAAUGGG